AUGGCUACCUCAGGUGAGUGCUACGAUGCUUCGCAAGCACCCAAACUCGGGCGGAGGCUGAUCGGGACCUCACCCCCACACCCCCGAUCUGCGUGACACGAAUCAUGACUCAACGCUCCUAUUCCGCGGUACAGUCCUCACCCAUCCCUGGAUCGCGACCCCAACCGAUGGGAUCUUUGAUUCAGACACACUCGAUGCCCAACUCCAAGUCGAACACACCAUCUCGACGCUCCUGACCAAACAAAUGACCAGCUUCCUCCCCGCGACACUCGAUCGUUCCUCCCACCUCAACUACCUCACCGGCAUGCUGUCCCGCCCUCUUCCGGCGCCGUUCGUCGCUCUGGAUGCUUCGAGACCUUGGUUGUUGUAUUGGACGUUGCAUUCGCUUGCUUUGUUGGAUGCCGAGCUCGAUCAAGCAGCGCUUCAACGGAUCGUCGAUACGCUCAAUGCCUGUCAAAACGAGGACGGUGGGUUCGGGGGUGGACCAGGUCAGAUCAGUCAUUUGGCACCUUCGUAUGCGGCUGUUUGUGCGCUCGCGUACUGCGGUCAGAUAGGCUGGGAUAUCAUCGAUCGGUGAGUGCGGUGUCCUGAGAAUAGAGGCGAGGGUCUCCCUUUUGGCUGAACGCGUACUCUUGGGUGUCGAUAGGGAGGGGAUGCAUCGUUUCUUAUUGAGCGUAAAACAGCCUGAUGGAUCAUUCAUCAUGCAUAAAGGAGGAGAAGUCGAUGUUCGGUAGGUCUCAAGCCUUCCACUGUCAUUGCAGACCUUCGCCGACUGGCGAAUCUCCCGUCGAUCACACAGAGGAUGUUACUGCGCUCUCACGGUCGCCACACUCCUCAACAUCUUCACCCCGUCACUUGCACACAAUACUUCAUCCUUUAUCGCUUCAUGUCAGACGUACGAAGGUGGACUCGCGUCUUCCUCCCACGCAUUCGCUUCGUCCUCUUCGGUCGAGCAACAAUUCUCUUCAACCUCUUCGCACCCCCCCUUGGGUGAAGCCCAUGGCGGCUAUGCAUUCUGUGCCGCCGCCUCCUACGCCAUGCUGAGACCUUAUACCGAUCCCAAAUCCCCAACCUAUAUCACCUCAAGCGGAAAGCAGCGCGAAUUGGACCUGGACGCUCUGAUCCGAUGGUCGACGAGCAUGCAGGCGAUGCCGAUCGAGGGAGGAGGAUUCAGGGGGAGGUCCAACAAGUUGGUCGAUGGGUGUUAUAGUUGGUGGAAUGGGGGCUUGUUUGGCGUGAUUGAUGGCUUGUUGGAUGAGGCUGAGGAAGGCGCGGAGGUGGAGAGGAGGGAUAUGUUUGAUCGACGUCAGUUUCCUCUUAGAUAGUGGUGGAAGAUUGUGUUCUUUUCUUUCGGUACUGAUGGGGACUUGACCUCAUUGUUAUACAGAGGCCCUCCAAGAAUAUGUCCUCUACUGCGCUCAAGCACCGACAGGCGGUCUUCGCGACAAGCCAGGGAAGCCCUCCGACGGCUACCACACUUGCUACAACCUCUCCGGCCUGUCCUCGGCACAACACCGAUACCGACAUUCGUGGAAGUCGAUCGAGGAACGGAGAGAAGCAUUUGUUUCGCCCUUCCCUUCGACGACGGAGAAGAGCAAGAUUAUCGAUCUGGACCAAGAAGAAAAUGGGGAGAAGCGGCAAGUCGAGAUGAUCAAGGAUGAAGAGGAAAGUGACGAGGACGCGCAAAAGAGGAUGAGGGAAUGUUGGAGUCGGAGUUUGGGGUGGAAGGCUGGGAUGAAGGCUGUGGUGGUUGGGGAGAAGGAUAAUGAGUUGGCGAGUAAAGUUCUGUGA